GCGCUGGGCCAGUCGGCGGCCGGCUGCGCUGCUGCUGCUGCUGCUGCGACGGGCGGCGGAGGCCCGGGCCGGGCUGUGGCGGUGCGGCGAGGCCGGGGCGAUCGGUGCCCGCCGGGCUCCUCCUCCGCGAGGGCCGGCGGCGGCUGCUUGGGCUGCUUCUGCCUGGGCGGCAUGAAGGGCAAGGAGGAGAAGGAGAAGGAGGCCGGCGGCGGCGCGGGGCUGCCGGGGAGCGGCGGCGGGCCGGGCCUGGGCGGAGGCCUGGCGGGAGGCAGCCCGGAGAAGAGCCGCAGCGCCCAGGAGUACAAGGAGCAGGGCAACCGGCUCUUCGUCAGCCGCAAGUACCCGGAGGCCGCCGCCUGCUACGCCAGGGCCAUCGUGAGUCUGGCCGCCCGCUGGGGGAACCGGAAUCCUCUAGUGGCUGUUUACUACACCAACCGUGCCUUAUGCUACCUGAAGAUGCAGCAGCAUGACAAAGCCCUGGCUGACUGUAAGCAUGCCCUGGAGCUGGACAGCCAGUCGGUGAAGGCCCACUUCUUCCUGGGUCAGUGCCAGAUGGAGAUGGAGAACUACGAUGAGGCUAUUGCGAACCUUCAGAGAGCCUACAACCUAGCCAAGGAGCAACGCUUGAACUUUGGGGACGACAUUCCUAGUGCUCUGCGAAUUGCCAAGAAGAAACGCUGGAAUAACAUUGAGGAGAAACGGAUCAGUCAGGAAGACGAGUUGCAUUCCUAUCUAACCAAACUCAUCAUGGCAGAGAAGGAGAGAGAGUUAGACGACUGUCGGCGGGCCCAGGAAGAGGAGAAUAUGGAUGAAAACCGGAGCCGGGCGCAGCUGGCAAACAUUGAAACCAAACACGAAAAGUACCUAGCAGACAUGGACGAGCUCUUCUCCCAAGUGGAUGAGAAACGGAAGAAACGAGACAUCCCUGAUUAUCUGUGUGGCAAGAUCAGCUUUGAACUGAUGCGAGAACCUUGCAUCACGCCCAGUGGAAUUACCUAUGACAGGAAAGACAUAGAAGAGCAUCUCCAGCGCGUUGGCCACUUCGACCCCGUGACCCGAAGCCCUUUGACCCAAGACCAGCUGAUCCCAAAUCUCGCCAUGAAAGAGGUGAUAGAUGCAUUCAUAUCAGAAAACGGCUGGGUGGAAGAGUACUGACGAAACAAGGGGAGAAGGCCAGGCCUGCUCGCCCGUACCCUCACGGCUGCCCCAGCCAUGGCAGCGAAGGCACAUCAUGGACCGCUCUCCGAGCUAGCUGGGCCAGCAAAAUGCCUUAUUGUCUGUUUUGCUAUCUGCCUCUCCUUCCUUUUCCCGCUUUUGAUACCAGAGCUGCUUUGGCUGGCAUUGCUAGGUUAGGGCAUUCGCUCACUGAAGGGCAAGGGUCAUGGGAUGGCUCGUUCUCUCUGUCCACUUCCGGGCAGCUUUCCGACAGGGCGAACGGGAGCGAGGACCCCAGCUUGGCCUUCAGAAGGGUGAAGAAAUCCAGCCCCACAGGGGACCGCUCUAAGAGGGCUCUUUCCAGUAAUGCUUUCCCAAGGACCCUGAGGAGCACCCUGAAGACUGGAACUCCUUUGGAAGCUGCCGCAGGAGGACGCUCGGGCACCGAACCCGCGCCCAGCUCUCCAGCGAACACCCGUUUCUUCCCAUUGCCACGCUGCUGUUUGAAGGUCCGUCUUCUGGAGCAAGCGCAAAGCUUGCUGUGAGAAGCCACAUGCUUUCCCUCACCCCCUCCUCCGCUUGCUUUGAGCUGUCGUUUCUGGCCUCCUUUCUUUCUGUACAAAGUUGCAUUUCCAUAUUCCAUCUCCUGUCUGUCCGGGAUAGCUGUUGUAUCUUUGUAAAUAAAUAGCCUCUUGUUUCAA